GGAAAGGGUUCAAGUAACCAAGGCCCUUGGCUUCUUCCAAACCUACAAGUCUUUGGAGCCCUCCGCAGCAAGCCAGCGAUUUAAUAGCAAACGUUGAUGAUCAGCAGCCUGUCAGCCAGUGGGUACAGAUACAUUGGAUAAGCACUCGAUGUUUCACACAAGCUCCUGCGAGCAGGAGCCGGUCGAGGAGUACGUCCUCAGUCGGCGAAUCAUCUCUGUGUUCGCCGUCCUCCUGGUCUCUGCCGUCGCUGUGUUUUUCCCGUUCAUGCUCCAGCACUACAUCCGCGCGGGGGACAAGUCCAAGGAAGCAACGAAGCAGCUGCUGAUUGUGCUGAAGCAGUUUGGCGCGGGUGUUAUUGUAGCGACGGCGUUUGUGCAUCUGCUGCCGGAUGCGUUUGCAGCCUUUCAGAAUCCGUGUAUCGGCGAAAUCAAGUUCGAUGCGUGGCCGGGCUUUCUGGCGAUGAUUGGAGUGAUGCUCACGUUUAUGAUUGAGAAUGCGGGACAUAGGAUCGUGUCUGAGCAGAUCAGGCGGACAAAGCUGCGGUUGACCAAGAGAUCAGGCGAUGCGACCGACGGCGACUCUGAUCACGCUCCACUGCUGCCGACCCAAUCGACCGAAGACCUGGAGAAUCACGAGCUGAGCGCGGAGCUGAUUGUCAACCAGAGAUUGACUGGUAGUGGAGGCGAAGAAGGCCAGACUCAUUCGCACUCGCAUCACUUGCACGGCCAUUCCCAUGGACAUGGGCUGCCAGUACAAGACGGAACACAUGUACAUAUCCACGGACAUACGUUUUACGAGAUUGCUAGCGACGAGAGUGACGACGAACUUGGAGAAGACGGCACGCUGCAGCAAGGGGCAGUGUCGAAAGAGCUCAAUGCCGCUAUCGAGAGACUCAGUCUUUAUGUUCUCGAAGCGGGCGUCAUUUUCCACUCCGUACUGAUUGGUAUCACACUAUCCGUGACCAACGAAUCUGCUUGGGUGUCGCUCUUCACGGUCGUCAUGUUCCACCAGUUCUUUGAGGGAAUGGCUCUAGGCACGAGAAUCAUGUCUGUUAGAUCGCUAGCCAUGCAAAAGAAGCAACGGCUCUGCGCAUGGUUCUGUCUCAUAACCCCGAUCGGUAUGACCGUCGGCAUCAUAAUCCGCAUGCGAUCAUCUGGCUCAUCGGCCACCACCAGUCCGACCGCCCUGUGGGCGACCGGCACGCUGAACAGUCUGUCGGCUGGCAUUCUGCUGUGGGUCAGUUUGGUGGAACUUUUGGCGGAGGAAUGGAUCCAUGGCGAGUUGCACGAAGCGUCUCUGCCAUUAAGUAUAUCGGCAUUCUUAGCAGCGAUCUUUGGCGCUGGAUUGAUGACAGUACUAGGUGUAUGGUUAUGAUACCAGUUCUACUCAUUUAUUUUUUUCUUUUUUUCCGAUAUGUUGUUUCUUAGUUUGUCUUCUUUAACGGCGAGCGGUUUGCAAGGAUGUUUCCCAUUUGAGGUAAAAUAGUCAUGUAGUUUUAUCAGCUGUGUUUCUUUUUUUUUCUUUACAUUUUGUUUCCGUGUUGUGUUCUGGAUUGUUCAUUUAGAGUGUAUCCCAACUUCUUUGGUUUGCAGAAAUGCUCUAUCAUUAUCUCUAGUCUCUUUACCUAUCAGUUUUCAAUAGGUUUGAGGUUGGGCAGAGUUGUGUUACAUUUUGUAGGUUAUGUUUUGUUUUUAUAGAUCACCGCUUGCUACGUGCUGUUGAUGUAAUGCCAAAGCAUUGAAGUCUACUUUAUACAAAAUGAAGAUUUGGUGGAGUGGUUAUUU